UGAGCUUUGCGUCCCUGCCCACGCCGAUGCCCAUGCCCAUGCCAUGCCAACGCCUUGCUCUUUGUUUUGUCCCUAGUGGUCCCAGGCGGCACCCAUGGUGGAAGGAGAGCAGAAUCCUCGCGAAGUGGUGAAGUUCAUGGAUGUCUACAAGCGUAGCUACUGCCGUCCGAUCGAGACUCUGGUGGACAUCUUCCAGGAAUACCCGGAUGAGAUCGAGUACAUCUUCAAGCCAUCCUGUGUGCCCCUGAUGCGGUGUGGGGGCUGCUGUAACGAUGAGAGCCUGGAGUGUGUGCCCACUGAGGAGUUCAACAUCACCAUGCAGAUCAUGCGGAUCAAACCCCACCAAGGGCAGCACAUUGGGGAGAUGAGUUUCCUCCAGCACAGCAGAUGCGAAUGCAGACCAAAGAGAGAAAGAGCAAGGCAAGAAAAAAAAUCAGUUCGAGGAAAGGGGAAGGGGCAAAAACGAAAGCGCAAGAAAUCCCGGUAUAAAUCCCAAGGCGUGUGCAUUGGGGCCGCUGCUAAUUCCUUUCUGAUUUCCCUAAGUCCCUCCCUCAGCCCCUUCCUGGUUCCUCCACCCUCCUUGCCCAGUGUCUGUCUCUCUCUCUCUCUCUCUCUCUCUCUCUCACACCACACUAAUGAGCACUGAUGGGUAAACUGGUGGUGGUGUUGUGGGCCUGGGGUUGGGGUAGAUGGGUGGGCCGCGUGGGCCUGAGGAUUCGGGGAGGGGACUCUAGCUUGGCUGGGCACACACAGGCUUUCUCUCACCCACUGGGUGCUGGUGGCAGUGGGUCUGCGCACCCAGAUGGUUUCCCCCACUGGGCUUCUGCAUGUGUUUGGAAGCUGAGUGAGUGGGGCGGGGACACUGAGAGGAAGGGGCGCCAUGGCAGGAGGUGGCUUGUUGUGGGCUGAAGGAGGGGCUUGGGUGCCUCAAGCCCAGUGCCGUGGCCCCUUCUCACCUGGUAGAAAUGCCUUGGCUCCUCCUGGAAUUGGGGCCUUUGGAGGGGAACCUCAUUGGAGCUCAAACCUCACUGGAGUCUCUCUAGCGUGUCCCUGUGGUCCCGUUAUGGGAGUGCACGGGGUCUCUGGCUGGGCCUCUCACCCUGCCCUGGGUUGCCUGCCUUUGCUGGGGGGCCGGAGCACAAGCCUCGGCUGGGAUGAAGGUGCCCCGGGUGAUGUUUUGGCCCUCGAUUGCUGCCCCCAACAGAGGCAGAAGAAUCAAGGUGUGCCCCUUUGGGGACGGCAGCAGUUGGGGCCCUGUGGCCUGAGAUGCGCCCCGCAUGGCUGCCUUCUCCCUGCGUGCUCUGUCCACUUGCGCCCUGCCCUUCCCGGGCAGGCAUCCUAGCCAGUGCCGCCUCUCUCCUUGCUCUCUGUCUUUUGCUGCGCUCUACUCCUUCCAGGGUGUGGAAGGAUGUGGCGGCCAUGUGCUAGCUGGGGGGCCGCUGCCAUUUGUCAGGGGUAUUGCAUGGGUUUUUCUCUCUCUCUGCUGAUGCUCUAGCUUAGAUGUCUUUCCUUUUGCCUUU